UGUAGGCAACGAACGGAUGGCAGGGUGAUUAGCUGUAAAAAGAAAUCGGACUCUACUCGCUGACGGCAUCUCCGUGCUAUAGAUUACCUGAAAGCGGUAUGUCGCUGUAAUGCUGUCCCGUUGAUCCAGCCGCGCGCGUCGUUCACAAAUACUUACCACAGCGAAGGUGUGGCCCAGUGUGUGUGUGUGAGACAUGUCAGAUAAGAUGUCCAGUUUUCUGCACAUCGGGGACAUCUGCUCCCUGUAUGCAGAGGGCUCCACUAAUGGUUUCAUCAGCACUCUGGGGCUGGUAGAUGACCGCUGUGUGGUACAGCCUGACACAGGGGACCUGAACAACCCCCCCAAAAAGUUCAGAGAUUGUCUGUUCAGGUUGUGUCCUAUGAACCGGUACUCUGCUCAGAAACAGUUCUGGAAGGCAGCCAAGCCCGGAGGAAACAGCACCACAGACACGGUCCUCCUCAACAAACUACACCAUGCAGCGGAUUUGGAAAAGAAGCAAAACGAUUCAGAAAAUAAAAAGUUGCUCGGAACGGUGAUUCAGUAUGGGAACGUCAUUCAGCUCCUCCAUCUGAAGAGUAACAAGUACCUGACUGUGAACAAGCGUCUACCUGCGCUGCUGGAGAAGAAUGCCAUGAGAGUGAUGCUGGACACGGCUGGGAACGAAGGAUCCUGGUUCUACAUUCAACCCUUCUACAAGUUGCGCUCCAUAGGAGACAGUGUGGUGAUAGGGGACAAGGUGGUCCUGAACCCAGUGAAUGCUGGCCAGCCCCUUCAUGCCAGCACCCAUCAACUAGUGGACAACCCAGGAUGUAAUGAGGUGAACUCGGUCAACUGUAACACCAGCUGGAAGAUCGUGCUGUUCAUGAAAUGGGGUGACAAUCAGGAGAUCAUUCUAAAAGGGGGCGACGUGGUGCGCCUGUUUCAUGCAGAGCAGGAGAAGUUCCUCACCUGUGAUGACCACCGGAAAAAACAAUAUGUCUUCCUGCGCACCACUGGACGCCAGUCUGCUACCUCAGCAACUAGCAGCAAAGCCUUAUGGGAGGUGGAGGUGGUACAGCAUGAUCCUUGUCGAGGCGGAGCUGGCUACUGGAACAGUCUGUUCAGGUUCAAACACCUGGCCACUGGACACUACCUGGCUGCAGAGGUGAACCCUGACUAUGAAGAAGAGUGCCUGGAGUUCCGCUCCUCACUGGACUCUGAGCAGGUGGACCUCCGUGCCCGCCCCAGGAACCCCCAGGAGAAGGUCAUGUACACCCUGGUGUCUGUCCCUGACGGCAACGACAUCUCCUCCAUUUUUGAGCUGGACCCUACCACUCUGAGAGGGGGGGACUCCCUGGUACCCAGGAACUCGUACGUGAGGCUCAGACACCUGUGCACCAACACAUGGGUCCACAGCACCAACCACCCCAUCGACAAGGAGGAGGAGAAACCUGUCAUGCUACGCAUCGGCACGUCUGCACUGAAAGAAGACAAAGAAGCUUUUGCCAUCGUACCCGUCUCGCCCGCCGAAGUCAGAGACCUGGACUUUGCCAACGAUGCCAGUAAAGUGUUGGCCUCCAUCGCAGGCAAACUGGAGAAGGGCACCAUCACUCAGAACGAGAGGAGGGCGGUGACCAAGCUUCUGGAGGACCUGGUGUUCUUCGUGGUGGACAUCCCCAACAAUGGCCAGGAUGUUCUGGAGAUCAUGGUCAACAAGCCCAACAGAGAGAGACAGAAACUCAUGAGGGAACAGAACAUCCUCAAACAGAUCUUCAAGCUGCUGCAGGCUCCAUUCACAGACAGCGGGGACGGGCCCAUGCUGCGAUUGGAGGAGCUGGCUGACCAGCGCCACGCCCCCUUCAGACACAUCUGUCGCCUGUGUUACCGCGUGUUACGCCACUCUCAACAGGACUACCGCAAGAACCAGGAGUACAUAGCCAAGCAGUUCCGCUUCAUGCAGAAGCAGAUAGGUUAUGAUGUUCUGGCUGAGGACACCAUCACAGCCCUGCUCCACAACAACCGCAAGCUGCUGGAGAAACACAUCACCGCUGCAGAGAUAGACACCUUCGUCAGCCUCGUCAGGAAGAACCGGGAGCCCAGGUUCCUGGACUACCUGUCUGACUUGUGUGUGUCUAUGAACAAGUCUAUCCCUGUAACCCAGGAGCUCAUCUGUAACGCAGUCCUGGACCCCACCAACGGAGACAUCCUCAUAGAGACUAAAUUGGUGCUGUCAAGGUUUGAGAUCGAAGGAGCAUCCAUCGGAGAGAACUCAGUGGAGUCUGAGGAGGACGAGGAGGAGGUGUGGCUGUUCUGGAAGGACAGCAGUAAGGAGAUCAGGAGUAAGAGCAUCAGAGAACUGGCCCAGGAUGCCAAGGAAGGCGCCAAGGAGGACCAAGAGGUGGUCAGCUACUACAGGUACCAGCUGAACCUGUUUGCACGGAUGUGUCUGGACCGUCAGUACCUGGCCAUCAAUAAGAUCUCUGGCCAGCUGGACGUGGACUUGAUCCUGCGCUGCAUGUCUGAUGAGGACCUGCCUUACGACCUGCGCGCUUCCUUCUGCCGCAUGAUGCUGCACAUGCACGUGGACCGCGACCCCCAGGAACAGGUCACGCCUGUAAAGUAUGCCCGCCUCUGGUCUGAGAUCCCCUCCGAGAUCGCCAUUGAUGACUAUGACAACGACGGCACGUCUAAGGAUGAGAUCAAGGAACGUUUUGCCCUGACCAUGGAGUUUGUCGAGAAUUACCUGAGAGACGUGGUGUGUCAGAGCUUCCCAUUCGCCGACAAGGAGAAGAACAAACUCACCUUCGAGGUAGUGAAUCUAUCCAGGAACCUCAUCUACUUUGGCUUCUACAACUUCAGUGACCUGCUGAGGCUGACCAAGAUCCUACUGGCCAUCCUGGACUGUGUCCACGUCAGCACCAUCUUCCCCAUCAACAAGCUGGAGAAGGGAGAUGAGACUAAAGGCAGUAAUGUAAUGCGCUCCAUCCACGGGGUGGGGGAGCUGAUGACCCAGGUUGUCCUGAGAGGAGGGGGGUUCCUGCCCACCACCCCCAUCAACCCCUCCAACGGGGACCAGGUCAAGGCCCAAACAGAACCGGAGAAACAGGACAUCCUGGUCAUGGACACCAAGCUCAAGAUCAUAGAGAUACUACAGUUCAUUCUGAAUGUGCGUCUGGACUACCGGAUCUCCUGUCUGCUGUGUAUCUUUAAGAGGGAGUUUGAUGAGAGCAACUCCCAGUCUGAUCUGUCUAUAGCAGGAACCCAUGAGGGACCAAACAACAUGCCAGGAGCUCUGGACUUUGAGAACAUAGAGGAGCAGGCAGAGGGGAUAUUUGGUGGAAGUGAGGAGAACACCCCGUUGGACCUAGAUGACCAUGGUGGUAGGACCUUCCUGAGAGUCCUGCUCCACCUCACCAUGCAUGACUACCCUCCCCUGGUGUCCCGAGCCCUCCACCUGCUCUUCAGACACUUCAGCCAGAGACAGGAGGUUCUACAGGCAUUCAAACAGGUCCAGUUGCUGGUGACUAGUCAGGAUGUGGAGAACUACAAGCAGAUCAAGUCAGACCUGGACCAGCUACGCUCCAUUGUGGAGAAGUCUGAGCUGUGGGUCUACAAGAGACUGGGGCCAGACGAGGGCAUGGACACUGGGGAACACUCUGCCAAGUCUCAACACAUGAAGGGUGACUCCAACUCAGGUGGCUCAGAUAAACCAAAGAAACCAGAGAGCACCAGCAGCUACAACUACAGAGUGGUGAAGGAGAUUCUGCUGCGUCUCAGCAGGCUGUGUGUUCAGGAGGGUCUGUUCGGCAGGAAGAGUAAGAAGCAGCAGCAGAGACUGCUCAGGAACAUGGGGGCUCACACCGUGGUGCUGGAGUUACUGCAGAUCCCCUAUGAGAAGGGGGAGGACGUGCGUAUGCAGGAGAUCAUGAAGCUGGCCCACCAGUUCCUGCAGAACUUCUGUGCAGGGAACCAGCAGAACCAGGCCCUGCUCCACAAACACAUCAACCUGUUCCUCAACCCUGGGAUCCUCGAGGCAGUCACCAUGCAGCAUAUCUUCAUGAAUAACUUCCAGCUGUGCAGUGAGAUCAACGAGCGCGUGGUGCAGCACUUUGUCCACUGCAUCGAGACGCACGGCCGCAACGUCCAGUACCUCAAGUUCCUGCAGACCAUCGUCAAGGCCGAGAGCAAGUUCAUUAAGAAGUGUCAGGACAUCGUCAUGGCUGAGCUGGUGAAUGCUGGCGAGGAUGUGCUAGUGUUCUACAAUGACCGUGCGUCCUUCCAGACCCUGGUGACGAUGAUGCGGUCGGAGCGGGACCGUAUGGAUGAGAACAGUCCUCUGAUGUACCACAUCCACCUGGUAGAGCUGCUGGCUGUCUGCACUGAAGGCAAGAACGUCUACACUGAGAUCAAAUGUAACUCUCUGCUGCCUCUGGACGACAUAGUGAGGGUGGUCACCCACGAGGACUGCAUCCCUGAGGUGAAGAUAGCCUACAUCAACUUCCUGAACCACUGCUAUGUGGACACAGAGGUGGAGAUGAAGGAGAUCUACACUAGCAACCACAUGUGGAAGCUCUUUGAGAACUUCCUGGUGGACAUCUGCAGGGUGUGCAACAACACGAGUGACCGCAAACAUGCCGACACGGUCCUGGAGAGCUACGUGACCGAGACAGUCAUGGGCAUCGUGACCACCUUCUUCAGCUCGCCCUUCUCCGACCAGUCCACCAGCCUGCAGACCAGGCAGCCAGUGUUUGUUCAGCAGUUACAGGCAGUGUUCAGAGUGUACCACUGUAACUGGCUGGUCCCAGUUCAGAAGGGCUCAGUGGAGAGCUGUAUCAAGGUGCUGUCUGACGUGGCUAAAGGGCGAGCCAUCGCCAUCCCAGUGGAUCUGGACAGCCAGGUGAACAACCUGUUUGUGAAGUCCAACAACAUCGUCCAGAAGACAGCCAUGUCCUGGAGAAUGUCUGCCCGCAACGCUGCCCGCAGAGACUCAGUACUGACCGCCUCGCGAGACUACAGGAACAUCAUUGAGAGACUGCAGGACAUAGUGUCGGCUCUAGAGGACCGUCUGCGUCCAUUGGUCCAGGCUGAGCUGUCUGUCCUAGUGGAUGUGCUGCAUCGGCCAGAGCUGCUCUUUCCUGAGAACACCGACUCCCGCAGGAAGUGUGAGAGUGGCGGAUUCAUCUGCAAGCUGAUCAAACACACCAAGCAGCUGCUGGAGGAGAAUGAGGAGAGGCUGUGUAUCAAAGUCCUGCAGACCCUCCGAGAGAUGAUGACCAAAGACCGAGGAUACGGAGAGAAGCUCAGAUCCUUUAAUGAUGAGAUGGAUAUGCCGGAGCUGGAUCUCAACCAGCCACAGAAAAUACUGGACGGCCAGAGGAGGGGUGAGGCGCUGAGGCAGAUUCUGGUGAACCGUUACUAUGGUAAUUUCCAUAGUAGGAGUGGUGGGCGGAGGGACAGCCUGACGGCCUUCAGCAACGCAACCCUGGUUCCAGUAGGGCCCGGCAAGAGCCAAUCAGGUCUCGGUGGUCCAGGGGCCCUGAGUCGAGGGGAGAUGAGCCUGGCAGAGGUGCAGUGUCACCUGGACAAGGAGGGAGCCUCCGACCUCGUCAUAGACCUCAUCAUGAACACCACCAGUGACCGCGUCUUCCAGGAGAGCAUCCUAUUGGCCAUCGCCCUGCUGGAGGGCGGGAACACCACCAUCCAACGUUCCUUCAUCUGCCGUCUGACGGAGGACAAGAAGUCAGAGAAGUUUUUCCGGGUGUUCUAUGACCGGAUGAAGCUUGCCCAACUGGAGAUCAAAGCCACGGUGACAGUCAACACCAGCGACCUCGGCAACAGGAAAAGAGACGACGACACCCCCGACAAGGACGUGCCCGUCCGCAAGAAAGCUAAAGACUCAGUGGUAGUGGUGACAGAUGAGGCGAGAGAGCAGCUGCUGGAGGCCUCGUCGGCCACUAAGAAAGCCUUCAACUCGUACCGCCGUGAGGCCGACCCCGAUGACCACUUCUCUACGGCUGAUGGCACACCCAGCACCGGGGACAAGGGCCAGGACGAUGGAGAGAUGAGCUUUAUCAUCGUCAUCAUGCAGCCCAUCCUGCGCUUCCUCCAGCUGCUCUGUGAGAACCACAACCGAGACCUGCAGAACUUCCUUCGGUGUCAGAACAACAAGAACAACUAUAACCUGGUGUGUGAGACACUGCAGUUCCUGGACUGUAUCUGUGGCAGCACAACGGGAGGCCUGGGUCUACUGGGACUCUACAUCAAUGAGAAGAACGUGGCUCUCAUCAACCAGACAGUAGAGAGCCUGACGGAGUACUGCCAGGGACCCUGCCAUGAGAAUCAGAACUGCAUAGCCACCCAUGAGUCCAACGGCAUUGACAUCAUCAUCGCCCUGAUCUUGAAUGACAUCAACCCACUGGGGAAGAAGAGGAUGGACCUGGUGCUGGAACUCAAGAACAAUGCCUCCAAGCUGUUGCUGGCUAUCAUGGAGAGUCGCCAUGACAGUGAGAACGCUGAGAGAAUCCUGUACAACAUGAGGCCGAAGGAGCUGGUGGAGGUGAUCAAGAAGGCCUACCUGCAGGGAGAGGUGGAGUUUGAGGAUCCCGAAGAGGACGACGAUAGUGGGGAGGAGGAGGAGCACGAUGCUGCCUCCCCCAGGAACGUGGGCCACAACAUCUACAUCCUGGCCCACCAGUUAGCGCGCCACAACAAGGAGCUGCAGGUGAUGCUGAAGCCAGGCGGGACCAACGGAGAGGGAGACGAGGCUCUGGAGUUCUACGCCAAACACACUGCUCAGAUAGAGAUCGUGCGUCAUGACCGCACCAUGGAGGAGAUCGUGUUCCCUGUGCCCAACAUCUGUGAGUUCCUGACCUGUGAGUCCAAAUUGAGGGUGUAUUACACCACAGAAAGGGACGAGCAGGGUAGCAAGAUCAACGACUUCUUCCUCAGCGCUGAGAACCUCUUCAAUGAGAUGAACUGGCAGAAGAAACUACGAGCCCAGCCUGUACUGUACUGGUGUUCCAGGAACAUGUCAUUCUGGAGUAACAUCUCCUUCAACCUGGCCGUCCUCAUGAACCUGCUGGUGGCUUUCUUCUACCCCCUGGAGGGGUUGCGUGAAGGUACCCUGGAGCCCCACCUGUCUGCCCUGCUCUGGUUGGGCAUGUUUGCAUCGUUGGCUAUCGUGGUGGCCAUGCCCCAGCCCCUCGGGGUACGCACCCUCAUCAUUGCGACCAUCCUCCGCCUCAUCUUCUCUGUGGGCCUGGAGCCCACCCUCUUCUUGCUUGGAGCCUUCAAUGUGUGUAAUAAGAUCAUCUUCUUGAUGAGUUUUGUGGGGAACAGAGGGACGUUCACGCGGGGCUACAAGGCCAUGAUCCUGGACGUUGAGUUCCUUUACCAUCUUAUGUACCUCAUCAUCUGUAGCCUGGGGGUCUUUGUCCAUGUCUUCUUCUACAGCCUACUGCUCUUUGACCUGGUGUACAGGGAGGAGACACUACUGAACGUCAUAAAGAGUGUGACCCGUAACGGUCGCUCCAUCGUACUGACAGCAGUGCUGGCUCUCAUCCUGGUCUACCUGUUCUCCAUCGUGGGGUACAUCUUCUUCAAGGAUGACUUCAUCCUGGAGGUGGACCGCAUUCCCAACACCACUCUGGAGAAUGGGGCCACUAUGCCCAAUAAGCUGGUGUCUGAUGGGAUGUGUCGGUCUGAGAGUGGAGAGAACAACUGCACCACAGAGCUUCAAGUGGAUGACUUGUUAGAAGACAUGGAGGAUGGCAAGGAGCGUACAUGUGACUCUCUGCUCAUGUGUAUCGUCACUGUGCUAAGCCACGGCCUGAGGAGUGGAGGGGGGGUUGGAGACGUCCUGAGAAAGCCCUCCAAAGAGGAGCCUCUGUUUGCGGCCAGGGUGAUCUACGACCUGCUCUUCUUCUUCAUGGUCAUCAUCAUUGUCCUCAACCUUAUCUUCGGAGUCAUCAUCGACACCUUUGCUGACCUGAGGAGUGAGAAACAGAAGAAGGAAGAGGUCCUGAAGACCACCUGCUUCAUAUGCGGUCUGGAGAGAGACAAGUUUGACAACAAGACGGUGACGUUUGAGGAGCACAUCAAGGAGGAGCACAACAUGUGGCACUACCUGUUCUUCAUAGUGCUGGUCAAGGUGAAGGACUCCACAGAGUACACCGGCCCUGAGAGCUACGUCGCUGAGAUGAUCAAGGAGCACAAUCUGGACUGGUUCCCGCGGAUGCGUGCGAUGUCGCUGGUGAGCAGUGACGCGGAAGGCGAGCAGAACGAGAUCAGAAACCUGCAGGAGAAGCUGGAGUCGGCCAUGAGGCUGGUGUGCAAUCUGUCUGGACAGCUCAUGGAGCUCAAGGAGCAGAUGACAGAGCAGAGGAAACAAAAGCAGAGGAUUGGACUCCUGGGCCACCCCCCUCACAUGAACGUCAAUCCCCAGCAGCCAGCCUGAGGGGGACCGUGGGGUGGGUACCUCCUCCUCCUCCUCCCAGGACCCUAACCCAGGACCACUCACAUGGAGAGGCUGACCUUACAGUGCGUUCUUCAGACAGUCAAUGUAGUGUACAGGAGUAUGCCAAAGUGUGUAUGUUCAGUAGUAGUGUGCCUAACUCAUGGCCUUUAGAGAGUGAGUAUGUCCAGUAUGAAGGGAUUUAUGUGUGAAUGUGUGUAGAAUGCCUUAAUGAACACUUAGUGUUUAUGAAACUAGGGGCUUAUGCAUGUAGUGUACAUGAGUGUGUCUGACUAUUUACUGUGCACAUGAGUUUGAGUGGGUGGAUGGGGAAUGUAUGGUGUGCACAAAGUGCCCCUGGACUUGAGAAGAAGGAACCAGUCAUGUAAGUUUAGGUUGUAAAAAGUACUGAAGUGAAAAUGCCUUAGGUUGUCUUACUACCUUUAAUGCCUUGUCCAUCUUCCUUACCACUUUGAAUGGGUGACAAAGGUUCUACUCCCCCAUUGGUCUCGAUGUAUUUGGCGAACUUGAAGUCUCAGCCAAUUGCAACACAGGACUCUUGAGAGACAUGGGACACUCGUGUUGGACGCUUUCCUCUUGUUUUGUAUUUGUAACCUGGCAAACAGUAUUUCAUAUCUUAUUUUUGUACGAGGUGCAAUAUGAAUACUUUACGAAAUGCAACCACAAAGAUGUUUAAUCUGUACAUAAUGUCUGAGGGAGAUGGUAUGAGUUUUUUUAGAUGGGUUUGUUAUUUUAUUUUAUUUAUAUACAGUGCCUUCAGAAAGUAUUCAUACCCCUUGACU